UAACAUUUGGCAAUCGUUGAGGAGUUCGGGUAGAAUAUUUCUCGUUGGAAAAGUCUGAACUUUUAUUUUAUUCUGAUAAGAAAUUUAAUUUCAAAACAUUACAAAAAGCUAUCCAAGUAUUAAAGUGAUAAGUGAAGAUUGUGUGUAAAUAAAAUUUAUGCAAGAAUGUGCAAAAUUAAUAGGUAUAGUUUGAAAAAAUAAAGAUUCUUAUAUGAAUUUUCUGAAAGUGAAAUGACACUUUGAGAAGACAAGAGUUUAGAACUAUACUCGAAGACGAAGGUGGUGGCGACGGCCAUUAAGGAAUUCGUGAGUUUGAGAUGUGUUAAUUCGUCAAAGCAUCGUCGGGAUUCGGUUAAAGCUAAACAAAGUGUCGCCAGUAGAGAGGAGUGGUGCUUGGGAGUGCUGCCAGAUGUAAAGCGCCUUAAAGAUUGGCGCAUAUUUUAGCAUUUGUUUACAAUUGUUUAUAUUUGAUAAAGUGGGAAAAUUAAAUUUGAGUGCGUAAAAAUGAUUAAAAAUAAAAGCUCAAUGAAUGAGUAAUAGUUUUUAUCCAGUUAUUUCACCUAAUGUUUGCUGUAUACGCAAAAGUGAGAUUUAUAAGCGGCAAAGUGUAUUUGAUAGUUUUAUGUAAUUGUUUUUAAAUAAAAGACGUAGUAUGUCAUUAAAAUUAAAUACAAUAAAUUUCAAGAGUACAUAUAUAAAGUUAUAUAAUAUUUAAAAUCAAUGAUAGUGCACUGCACUUCAAAAUAUUAUCGAAGAUGUUCGCCAUGCAGAACAGAAUUCUGUGGUGUUUAGAAAAUGAAUAGUGAACAUGCAGCAGUCAAAGCAACUCCUGGUGAGUCAGCGAAAGCCACAAUUACUGUAGCCACUGCUAAUGAAUUGAAUCGGCAAUACCAACAACAGCAACGACAUUCACCACAGCAACAUAUUAACAAUUCUCAUCAUUUGCAUCAACUGCAAUUACAGCAACAACAGACGCAAAACCAACAACUAAACGAGCCACAGCAAAUCCGAAGACAACAAACAGCACAACAACAACAAUUGCAACUGCAGCAGACGCAGCAACAGAGUAAUUCAAUGUCGUUGGGCAAUGCAAGUGGUGGAGGUGGUGGUGGAGGCUCCACUGCCAUAGUGACAACCCCCUCCACUAUAGCCACUGUCACCGCUGGGACAGCAGGCGGCAUGGUUGGUGUUGCCGGUAAUACCUUAAUACCAUUGACAGCCCCAGUCCAACAGCAGCCAGUUUCAAUAGCCACUUUGACGGCGGCGACAAUUGCGGCCGUUGCAGCUGGAGGUGGCCCACCAACCACUCUAACCGCGACACCAGUAACUAUCGGUGGUCUUAGCAUAAGUGUUACGAAUCCUGCAACUGUCGUUACUGGCAAUAUUGCUGACACAAAGAUAGGCCAAACGGCAUUGCAACAGCACCAACAACAAACGCAUCAACAGCAGCAAACAAUAAGUUCAACUGGAGACACAUUAGCGACGGCAUCAACCACAACUGCACUAUUGCCAAAUGCACCAAACUUGAGCAAAUAUUGGGUCGUUUCAAAUGGUCAAGCGCUUCCCUAUAAUAUUUUGCCAAAUAGAACAAUAAUUACACAACAUCAGCGGCAGCAAACGUCGGACCAGGAUACACAUUCACAGCAACAGGUGCAACUGCAGCAGCAGCAACAACAACAACAGCAACAGCAAGCUAAUGCAUUACAAAUUCACGCUGCAGUAAAUGCAAGCGAUGACAAUCGACAGCAACAGCAGCAGCAUGUUUCGCAGCAGCAACAUGUAACUGCCGCUGUGCAGCAGUCACAGCAAACUCAACAACAGCUCCAACAGCCCCAACAGCAACAACUCUUACAACGAGAGCAUAUUAAAGAGGAGAAACCAUUUUUAGACAACGGGAAGUUAAAUCAAUCCUUAGUUAUGCAACACGUAGGCGCAACAGCAUCGUCCGCGCCGACGACGUCAGGUGCUACUACCAUAACCCUAGGUGCGCCGAAAACCGAAGUUAAAGACGACGUUGGAAUGGGCAAACCGCCUAUUGAAAUGUAUAAAGUUAACAUUGAAGACUUUUCCCAGCUUUUUACCUAUCAUGAAGUUUUUGGUAAAAUUCACGGUGAUGUCAUGAAUCAGGCCGCACAUGCAGUACCCAAUCCUGCACCACCACCACCGCAUGGUAAUGCGAGCAACAAUGCCGCAGUUGCGGCCGUUGUGGCCAGUGCUAAUGCUGCCGCUGUCGCUGCUGCUGCGGCCGCGGCGGCCGCAAAUACAACAAGCGGUGUUGUGGCCCCCACAACAACUACAAAUCUAACGACGGCAAUCAGCACUAGUGGCACUACCACUGCCCCCGCAACGGCUGUCACAGCAACCCCAACAGUGACCGGGGAGCUGUUGAUGCCGAAAAUGGAGGGCGGCCUACCGGUUGUGGAUCAGACAACAACCAUCGCGCUUGCUCCUGAUGGCACACCCAUCGCCACUGGUACACAUGUCUGUGACAUUUGCGGCAAAAUCUUCCAAUUUCGCUAUCAAUUGAUCGUUCAUCGACGUUACCAUAGUGAACGGAAACCAUUCAAUUGCCAGGUUUGUGGACAGGGCUUCACUACUUCACAAGAUUUAACGCGCCAUGGGAAGAUUCACAUCGGUGGACCAAUGUUUACGUGCAUCGUUUGUUUCAAUGUAUUCGCUAACAAUGCCAGUUUGGAACGGCAUAUGAAACGACAUUCGACCGAUAAGCCAUUUGCAUGUACGAUAUGUCAGAAGACAUUUGCACGCAAGGAACAUUUGGACAACCACUUUCGUUCUCAUACGGGCGAGACACCUUUCCGGUGCCAAUAUUGCGCAAAGACAUUCACACGGAAGGAGCACAUGGUGAACCAUGUGCGCAAACACACGGGUGAGACGCCACAUCGUUGCGAUAUUUGUAAGAAGUCCUUCACGCGCAAGGAACACUAUGUUAACCACUACAUGUGGCACACUGGUCAAACACCUCACCAGUGCGAUGUAUGUGGCAAGAAGUAUACACGUAAAGAGCACCUAGCUAAUCAUAUGCGUUCACACACUAAUGACACACCAUUUAGAUGUGAGAUAUGCGGCAAAAGUUUCAGUCGCAAGGAGCACUUUACCAAUCACAUUCUCUGGCAUACAGGCGAAACACCUCAUCGUUGCGAUUUCUGCUCGAAAACAUUUACACGCAAGGAACAUUUGCUAAACCAUGUACGUCAACAUACCGGCGAAUCGCCUCAUCGUUGCACAUAUUGCUUGAAAACGUUCACACGCAAGGAACACCUAGUAAAUCACAUACGUCAGCAUACUGGUGAAACACCGUUCAAAUGCACCUAUUGCACGAAGGCAUUUACGCGUAAAGAUCAUAUGGUGAAUCAUAUUAGACAACAUACCGGAGAAUCGCCGCACAAGUGCACAUACUGCACAAAAACAUUCACACGAAAGGAGCAUCUGGUAAAUCAUGUGCGUCAGCAUACUGGUGAAUCUCCUCAUCGUUGCAGUUACUGCAAGAAGACCUUUACACGCAAGGAGCAUUUGACGAACCAUGUACGUUUGCAUACUGGCGAUUCACCGCAUAAGUGUGAAUAUUGUCAAAAGACAUUUACGCGUAAAGAGCAUCUAAACAAUCAUAUGCGCCAGCACUCCAGUGACAAUCCACAUUGUUGUAAUGUGUGCAACAAGCCAUUCACUCGUAAAGAGCAUCUCAUCAAUCAUAUGUCACGCUGUCACACUGGUGAUCGUCCUUUCGCUUGUGAGACUUGUGGUAAGUCGUUUCCACUCAAAGGAAAUCUGCUGUUCCACCAACGUAGUCACACUAAAGGGCAGGAAUGUGAACGUCCGUUUUCAUGUGAGAAAUGUCCCAAGACCUUUAUAUGCAAGGGUCAUCUUGUCUCGCAUAUGCGUUCGCAUUCGGGCGAGAAACCACACGCCUGCACAUUGUGCAGCAAAGCUUUUGUUGAGCGUGGAAAUUUGAAGCGUCACAUGAAGAUGAACCAUCCCGAUGCGGUAAUGCCUCCUCCGCCGCAGCCUCAUCCGCAAAUCCCAGCUGGUAUACUGACGUCGGUCAAAGAGGAAAUAAAACCAAUAUUUCUUCCGCAUCAAACACCGACCAUGCACACCAUCCAACAAAUUACAUCGGGCGCAGCUGCGGCAAAUGCCGUGCAGUUGGCCCCUAGUCUAGUGCCGUUGGUUACCUCAACGAUAACUUCGCAUAAUAAUCAGAAGCCUCAGCAGCAGCAGCAGCAACAACAACAGCAGCAACAGCAACAACAGCAGCAACAAGCACAUCAACAGCACCAACAACAGGUGCAACAGCAGCAGCAACAACAUCAGCAGCAACAACAGCAGCAGCAGCAACAACAACAACUACUACAAUUAUCCAUACAACAUCAACAACAGCAGGAGCAACAUCGCCAACACCAGCAACAGCAACAGGCGCAUCACCAACAAACACAGGCGCAAGCACAACAACAAGCUCAUGCACCACAACCUCAACCGCAACAACCGCCACCCGUGCCUAUCGCACUCAUACAAACCGAUCCGGGCGUCUUGGCGCGUGCGGCCAUGCAACUGCAGCACCUGCCAGCGAAUGUCGAGCAACAUCCGGUGGUUUACUAACAGCAGCAUAAUUUCACACACUGGUGAGGCGCGUUGACGGCAGCGUUCAAUAAUAAUAAUAAUAACAACAACAACAAUAACGUUAAUGAUAUUAGCGAGGUGGAUAGAACGGUGCUGAGAUAAACGCGAGGCUGCAGCUGCUAUUGCCCUGCCACAAUGGCGACUGGGGCUUAGUAGUGCAACCGAGACUGUAAGUUGCUGACGUGAUUGUGAAAAGGCAACAUUUUAUAUGGCGCGUAAGCAUUAAAGUAAGACGGAAUUCGUAUAGUAAAAGAAGUUUAUUUUUCUGCACAUAUUUCUAAGUUUUUAAUUUAAGUCAUUUACAUAUACAACAUAAACCGUGCUGCAUUAUUGUACGCGCGCAUAUAUAUCUUGAGUCCAAUAUGAAGAACGCGAGCAACAUUUUUAUUACUAUAUAAUUAGAACAUAAGUUUAAACCCCAACAUUUAAUUUGAAAAUGAAGUCAGAUUGUCGCUAAAAUAUUCAAAACCUCGCGACACGCUGUUCUCCGCUUUGCAUAAACCUGAAUUAAUGAGCAAUUUUCUUUUUCUAUUGUGUUGAUUUGAAAACUCUACUUUUAAGCUUUACUUUUCAGCUUUACUGUUUAUUUCGCACUUUUUAUGUUGAAAGUCCCGAAUGGUAGUUUUGUGCAAUAUGACGAGUUUUCUAAAGCUCUACUUUUAAAGUAGCGGCAUUUAUUUUUACGUAAACAGUGUUUUUCACGCUUACUUUAUUCAGUUUCAUGCUAAGCUGAUUAACAGCGUGUUUGGGUAAAAACAAUUGGAUGUGCUGAAUUGUGAAUGUUUGGUUAACACAUUACCUAAAAGCGUUACUUAAACUUAAUGAAGUGCCAAAUUUGAGUGGGCAUCAUAUAUUUCAGACAUUAAUAAAAUUUGUAAAUUACUUUUCUUUUAUAUUUUUAAAUAAAAAUAUGCUUCCAAAUGCUUUAUUUAUUUUAAAUCUUAUUAAAAACGAAAUAUAAAUAAAAAUUUUAGACAGAAUUUCGAUUCAAAUUUUCCAACAGGUUUUGUGUGUCACAUUUGCUAUAAAAAUAUUGAAUAUUGACAGUUAUUUACGAAAAUCAUGUUCUCUUCGUUCUACGGUUUCUUUGCAUACUAUGAAGAAUACAAAUCGUGCCAUCCAAUUUUAUAUACCUAUAUAUAUGCUUAUAUGUUUAAGAUGCAUACAUACAUACAAAUAUGUAAGGUAUCGACGAGAAAUGUAUAUAAUACAAAGCAUACAUACAUAUUUAAAUAUAUGAUUAUAUGUAUAAAGAAGUAUUUUGAAAAAAUCAACAACAAAGUGUAGUGAGGUUGCGAUCUCGAUAUUUGUUUUCACCCCGUUUUUUAUUUUCGACUCGUUGGGUUUUCCUUAUUAUCUGCAGCUAAAUGGUUUAUAAUUUUUCUGUGACAACCACUUUUAAUUAAACUACAAUUUAUUAAAUACAUAAAAGUAAAAUAUAAAGAGAUACGCUGUAUUAUUCGCAUUUUAGAAAUGAGUAAAAUUAAGAGACUCAAGAGAGACGAGAAGACGAGUGGUAAUUAGUAUAACCGAGAGAGAACUAUUGUCAUAAUUGACUUUGAUUUAAUUUUUUGUUGGAUAGAAAAUUAAGUAUGAUAUGAAAGAUAAAAUUAGAUGUGUUGUAGUAUGGCUUUAAGCGUAGUAUAUGCAAAAAUUGUAAAUUAAAGUUAAACAUUUGAAAUUCGGUAUUACUAUUAUUGAUGAGAGAAAAAUAAGAGAAGAAAAAUUUAAGAAUGUGUACGCAAGCCAGCAUAAGAAUGUGUACAAUUCCAAAUUAAAUUAUUCAUUUAUAUGCAACUAGAAAUUAAGGCAGCAGCAAUAAUAAGCAAAUAUUUAAAGAAGUCUAAAAUAAAAGCCUACGAAAAAAUUUUAAAGCGACAACUUAGUGAACAUUAAAAGAAAAUCAUUAAAUUAGUUAUACAUACACACAUGCUAUACAUACUUUAUAUAUACAUAUAAUAUAUAUAUAAAUAUGUUAUUGGAUCCGUUAAUCAUAAAGUAGUUGAACUAACUCGUAGCACACGUACGUACAUAUACACAAAAAUACAUAACAUACAUACAGUUGAUAAAAAGUUUGUUUCCGAACUGCAAGUAACUCUAGCUACAAUCAGGUAGAAGAAUGGGAAAGUUGACAAGUUACUCUCAAAAAGUGCGAAAUAAUUGAGCAAAGGCUCGGGGAACUAGAAGAACUUACCAAGGAAAUAUCAUGUUUUUUUUGUGUUAAAAACGCCUUUUCAGUAAAAAUUGUCUGACUAGUGAUGCUAAGCAGUUAAGAAACAAACCUAUUGUAAAUCACACAAAAUCAUCAAAAUGUAAACAAGAAGUUCAUAAAAAAAUAUUUUCGUAAGAAAAAGCACGCUCUCAAGCAACAAAUUUUUAAUUUAUCUAUUUUAUUUUAAUUUUUAUUUAUAUUCUCUUUUUAUUUUCUAAUUUUCUUUUUGAUAAUUUGAUUUCUAAUAAUAGGUAUCAUAUUUAUUAUCUUCUCUCAUCUAUGUGCUACAUUAUUAUUAUACUAUGAUUGACCCAAAUUUAAAUUUCCACUUUGACACUUCAACUGGUGCAGAAAGUAUUCGCAUAAUAACUGAAAUCAUCGAUACAUCAUUUACAUACAUGCAUAUUUAUCAACUGCAUACACACAAAUAAAAUAUCUAAACUAACCAAUUAUACAUAGCAACUGCAAAUAUAAAACUAAACAUAAAAAUUAAAAAUAAAAAUAAAUAACUGUUAACGCUUUAAUUUACAAUUAAUCGAUACGCAUAAAUAAAUGUACGGUAAAAGGAUAACGGAUAGUUAUUAAUAAGACACCAUACAAAGGUGGGGUUUGAUUUUUUCGUAUGAGCAGCAGCGUUAAGGAAGCGUAGAAAACAAUAACACCAGCAAAUUAUUUUGUAAGAAAUAGCAAUGUAAUGCUUACAUAUAUACACACAUUACUAAUAAAUGAAAUAAUACUAAAAUUAUUGCAAACAUAGUGUUAGUUGAUAAUAAUAUAUAUACAUAUAUACAAUAUACACUUAAGCUCAUUUACUAAGCUAACAACUAAAACAACAAUGAUUGUUAUUAAAUGGGUAUAAAAGUAAUGCAAUUAAUAUAUACUAAUGGUUAAUUACAAAACCAAAAACACACAAAAAUAUAAAGAUCUUCAAGUACAUUAUUAUGCGCGCUGAGCGUUCGAUAAGCAUAAAUGCAAGGGUGACAAUGAAAAACAUAUACAUAGGUAUUAGCUAUAAAUAUGCAACUAACUUUGCACAAGCACUAACUAACUAGAAGCGUUGAAGAGCAUAGACAAUGUCACAUGUGUAAACGCUUAAAUAAUGUAACUGCAUAGUAUUGUACAUGGACAUAUUGGUGGCUACUUGGUUACAAUAUUGGUACACUUUGUAGGUCGCAAAUAAAAUUCUUAUGAGCAAGACGCUUACACGAUAAAAAGAAAAAAGCGCUAGCGCUUCUGUACAUGCUGGCCACCUUAUGUACCAGCGCAAAGCUAAGAAGAAUUAAUUAAGAAAUGAUAAUGACAAUGUUGAAAGUUUGAUUUUGCUUUGUAAAUGUGCAUCAUUUUUAGCGGCUUCCAGAAAAAUGCGUAAUUGUGAGCAAUUACAAAAAAAUUAUAAUAAAUGUAUGCCAAUCAAUAGCACAGUCUAUUAGAAUGUGUAUGAAUUUGCGUUUAUUACACUGAAAAUGUAUAAAUAGAUACAUAUGUAUUAUUAUUAAGAAGAAGAAAAUUAUUGCUGAUCGCUUUGUCGCUGAUUAACAUAUUUAAAAAUAUAUAUUGGAAUUUAUACUUUAAAAAAGUAAAAUAUCAACCAAUAAAAAAAUGCAUAUAUAUAUAUAACAGUAAAAACAAAACAUAAUUAAAGUUGUAAUAAUAAGAAAUAGUAAUAAAAACAUAUCCUUGUAUCAACUAAAUCACAGUUUGUCAAAUGAAAGCAAAAACUAACAUGUUAUAAUAAACAAAAAAUAUUGUAGCGCAUAAAAAAUAGAAAUGUAUGCACUGUUUUAAGUUGAACUCUUCAAUGAAAAGCUUACAAUAUAUCGUUAAACAAUUGCAACAACAACAAGAAAUAACAAUUGCUAUAAACAUAAACCUUACUAUAUAUUUUAAUGCACUGCAAUUAUGUAUAUAUACAUACAUAUAUAUUUGAUUCGCUUUUGAAAAUAAUA